AUGGCGAGAUGUUCGUACACGGCGGAACAACUGUCCAGACCCGGCAGCAGGGCGGCUGCGACCAGGUUGAAACUACAGCAGGACCAGGACAAAAGGAGGCAGGCGGCUGUGGAACCUACCUCGUCCGUGUCAGGUACACCCAACACACCCGAGACCACGAUACCUAGCGCUGGCACUUCACAGACUCCCUCGGAUGUCCGUGGGACUGCAACAGUGCCCAAGAGGAAAUGGGUGACGGUCCCUAUCCGCAGGGGUAAGAAGCUCCAACCCCGUACGAAGACACUUGCAACGCUUAAUACAGUGGCAUCUUUAUUUUACGCGGGUCUCGUUGAGUGGCCAGAGGAAACAGACGUUAGCCUAUUGACCGGUACACCCAUCCCAUCUGUCGAGGACACGGUAGACCUCACGGCUGAGACCUUCACUAAACCGGUCGAGGUCCCCCAGACUUUGGCGGCCGAGAAGAAAUUGCUGCAUGUCCGUUCAUCGAAACUACCUAGCCGGCGACCGACAUCUCAGCUUGUUACGCUCAAGCAGCGCGAACGAGCUACGUUACGCAAGGUAUUGGCAGAUGGUAAUCUUGGCACGGGGCUCCUGCUACAGGUGGAGAGUUUUGUGGAACGCGAUAUUAACGAUUUACCCGCUAUCGAACGGGCCCUUGGUCUAAGACCAGUCAUAACCUCCGCUACAGGGAAUUGUCCGGAGAUGGCGAUCGCGCAAGCGGUGGCGGACCAAGUUAUGGUUGUCCAAGACACUAUUUUUGGAGAACAGUACCGCUUGUAA